AUGUCCCUUGGGUCCCUGGGGAAACAAGUGGGAGCUGCCAAUAGACGUUACUUGAUCAUGCAGCCGAAGGAAUUAGAAGAACAACGUAGUCACUGUGAAGUACGUAAUCAUGACUUCAGAAAUGCUAUGGAUGCUAAAGAGCAAGAAGCAUCUCAAAUGGUACAAGAUCUUUUAGAAAAGUCAUCAACAAUUAAAACAAUUGGAAGACCAUAUACAGAGAUAAAAGAAUUUGCCAGAAAUGGCAAACCAAAGAGCCCUUUCAAAAGUUUGGACACUGAAAUCUAUCUUUAUAGAGAUAUCGAGUGCACAGAAAAAGAAAGGAUUAGAGCAGCUCAACAGAAUCUGAAGGUGCACGAAAAGAGCACAAUUUCUUCCAGAGCUAGGUCUCGAAAGGCUCUUAAAAAGCUGGAAGAAGCCAUUGAAAGAGAAACAAAAGGAGAAAUAGAGAAAGAAGUUCCUGCUCUGAAUUGGGCUCUUGCUUUUGCAAAGUGUUGUCAGAGUGAUAAGCAGUCUAUAGCAGAUUACAUCAGUGAACAGAAGGAGCUGUUUCUACUGGAGUUUGCAGUUAAAACAAAACAACUCACCAUGUCAAACCUAGAGGAAAUGACAGCAAAGGAAGAGAAGAGGGCCAAAAUAGCUGAAACAAAAUUAGAAGAAGAUACAAUUGCAUUUGAGGAGUUUCUCAAGGAAAAUGAUAGAAGUUCUGUAGAUGCCCUUAAAAUGGCAGCUCAGGAAGCAAAAUCUAAAAUGGAAGUGACAGCAGAAAUGAAAUCAGCAAUGAAUGAGCUGUUCUCUCUGAGAAGUGAAAUUGCAAACACUGAAGAUCUUCUGAAAUUGUAUUUCUCCUAUGAAACUUUUUUGCUGAGUGUUUCCCCUAAAGAGUGGCAAGAACAGGAGAUGGCAAAAAUGAAGAAACUGAAAAAAGAGAAAAAAGGCCUUUCUAAGUCUUUUAUUUCUUUUCCUGCUUGUGAUAAAAGCAAGCUAAGGUCUACCUCUUUCAUAUUACGCCAUAGAAUAAACAAAUGGGCACAUCUUAAAGGACAACAUCCUGGCAAGAAAAUGUUACCUGCAAGGUCAACAUCAGUAGUUUUUGCUCAAUCUGCUGAGAGGAAAAGCCUACGGAGCCAAGGAAGCGACUAUAGGUUUUUUAAAAGGCCAUCAAGAAUAACACUGGCCAAAAGAUUAUCAAUGGAAGGGAAAAGAAAAUCACUAGUAAGCUGUCCAAGUGAAAAAAGUAUCUCUUCAGAGGAGGAUGUUUCCUUGAAUGAUAUAAACAGUGAUGAGGAACCAGAGAUAUAUUUCAAAGACCCAGACGAGUUACUUCAGAUGUACAGACAUCUUGAAGAACAAAAUCUUUCACUGUUUCAAAACAUUCAGGAUAUCAGUGGAACACUGGAAGACAGGCGACAGAGAGAACAUAUUGUUGUUCAGCAAAUGGAACAAAGAAUAAAGGAUCUAGUAAAUGAAAAGAAAGCUCUUACAGCUGCUUGCAUCAAAGAAGAACAGAAAAGUGCAGAACUGGCAUUAAAGGCGAAAGUAUUUUCUUUGGGAGAGUAUAAUCCAGUACUCACGGAUAAAACACUGAAGACACUUAAUAAAAAAAUAGCAGAAGUAUACCGAGCUUGCUGUGGAACAAUUGAAGUGUCCAGCAUGACCUCCUUUCAGAUGCUGAAAGCAAUAGAAAUCAGAGUUUCAGAACUGUGUGAGAUGUUUGAAACACUUCCACCAGAAUACCUUGAGGUAAUUGAAGCUACCGAGAAACUCAGAGCAAAAGAAAGACGACAAAGAGUACGUGAAGAUAAAUUGAAAGAACUGAAGAGGAUUCAGGAAGAACGCCUGAAGCAUGCUCUUGAAAGAGCAAUUGCAGCACCAAAGAAAAGGGUGGGAAGAAAACUGGUUUACCGCUCUGAGCCUCCAGAAAUUAAAACAGGAAAGGAAAAUGUUGUAGAUUUAACUACAAAAAGUGAAGAUGAUUACUAUUUCAAUUGAAUUUUUCCUUGUUUGAUAACAUUUCUUUUUGGAAUAGCACUAGAUCUUAGUUCCAGCUCAGCUUUGCAGAGUUAUAGUAGGGUAAACUGUGACAAACGUUUGAUCCAGUUUGCUUUUAAAAAUAGAUUUGUCUAAAAUCAAAUAAUUGUCCAUUUUAAAAACUGUCAGAAAUAGCAUCUUUAUUUUUCAUGUAUAGGGAUUCUUUUUCUUCAGCAACAAUAUUUAUUUUUGGCCAGAAAAAAAAGUUACUAGAACAGAUGACAAAACUUUACAUUUAAGAAAACAUCCAAACAAACUUCUUAACAGUUUUAAAAAAACCUUUUCCAAAAAAUAGUUAUUCUCUCAUUUCUCCAUCUUCUUCUUCUUCUUCCACACCCCUUAUAUAAAGGACAUUGUUGCACCUGCAAAUCAAAUCAAAAGUUACUUAUUUCUGCAAUGGUUAAUUUUGAAGACUGUUCUCUAAAGCUAGUUAUACAUCCUAUUAUUUCAUAUACCAAGUUACUUUGAAAUAUUGUUUGCUGCUGUGUUCAAUUAAUUAAUAAUAAACAUCUGUUCAUUGCCUAUAUCUUGUUACUUUAAAAAAACCUCCAACUGCUUUCAU